AUGAUUCGCUCAAUUCUGGUACUGUUGGGCACAGUAGUGGUUAUUGCCCCGUCCGCCUCGUGUGCUCUGCGUUGUGACGAGUCUUCAUUCGAUGCUCUCGGUGGAAUUCUUCCAACUGGCACCAAAUCGUGUACUCAUUACGCACAGUGCAUAAGGGGAACGGUGCGUGAAGUCGCCUGUCCAGAUGGAACGAGCUUUGAUUCGACGUUAGGCCGUUGUCACGAUUCGGCGAAUUGUGCUACCCCUCGUGCAGUGUCUCAAAUUGAUGGACUUUGUACUAAUCCCAACGAAGUGAGCAUCAUUCCGUAUCCAACCAACUGUUCCAAGUACAUUAUCUGCUUCGGAUUGGAGGGAAUUGAGCAGUCGUGUGGUGGCGGUCUGCUGUUUAACUCACUUCUGGGAACUUGCGAUGUUCCGACGAAUGUCGUCUGCGAACUGAGCUGCCCAGCUGUCGAUGAUCCACAAAGGCCAGUUUGGUUACCGGAUGCACGUUCCGAGGACUGUGCCAGGCAUUACCUUUGCUUCCAAGGAGAGCCGCUACUGUUCAUAUGUCCGAGCAAUUUGUAUUUUGAUAGCGUAACCAAUACCUGUACCUUCCCGAGAAACUCGACUUGCCGCGUGCCCGGAAUUAGCUGUCCGCUGCCAAAUUCAUUCCUUGAAAAUCCCAGGGACUGUACCUCUUACUACGAAUGUGACGAAGGAUUCCCUCACUUCCGUCGGUGUGGUCCGAAUGAGUACUAUUCUCUAUUGGUGGGAGGUUGCAUCGAGGGAGUGUGUCCACCGUCGACCGAGACUACGACAUUGCCCAUUACAACCACUCCGAUCGCAAUAUCAUCUACCACCAGUACUGUUGAACCCUCAUCUCCGGUCACGGAAACGACAACUAUGUCGACUCCAUCAACAUUUGAACCGUCAACAAUUACAACGCCCACCUCGGAGACAACGUUUGAUUCAACUACUCCACUAGAUACGACAACGUCCAUCGGAUCUACGGAUUCUCCUACUACAACAACGGAGUUCGAGACAUCAACGGUUACUCCAACUUUACCAGUGGAAACUACGACCGAAGCUAGUGAAACUACGGUACCUGAUACUACUACAACAACUUCUACUACUCCAGUAGAUACAACAACGCCCAUCGGAUCUACGGAUUCUCCUACAUCAACGGUUACUCCAACCUUACCAGUGGAAACUACGACCGAAGCUAGUGAAACAACGGUACCCGAUACUACUACAACAACUUCUACUACUACAGUAGAUACGACAACGCCCAUCGGAUCUACGGAUUCUCCUACUACAACAACGACGGACUUCGAGACAUCAACGGUUACUCCAACCUUACCAGUGGAAACUACGACCGAAGCUAGUGAAACUACGGUACCCGAUACUACUACAACAACAUCUACUACUCCACUAGAUACUACAACGGAGGCUACUACCGAACCGACUACGACGACGGUAGAAACAACCACAGUGCCUACUAUCGAUCCGAACACGGUGUGCCAAGGUAUCAGUUUCGGAGUACUGCCCUACCCAGGCAACUGCUAUAUGUACAUCCUCUGUCUUAACAACACCGGCACCUUGUCCGAGUGUCUGGCCAACGAAAUCUUCAACGCAAGCACCAGCUCCUGUCUACCGGGUAACCGGGAUACCUGCACGUUAGAUAUCGGCUUUGGUAAGAUCUAG